UAGUCCUAAUUCCUCACUCAGCAGUGCAUGGGUGAAAAGAUCUAGAAUGUUCUACCAGAACCACAGUCCAGAUGUUGUCAGAAGAGGUAAUGGGACGGAGUGUAAUAGGAAUGUAUCUUGUACAGGGAGCAUGGAGAGGUCACUCAAGGUCACCCUGCUUGGCUACAAGGUUAUGGAGGAGAUGACAAAGUUCACAGUGUACAAGAUCUUAGUGAGUCGCACUCAAGACGAGAGCUGGGUCAUUUUUAGACGAUACACAGACUUCUCACAACUACAUGACAAGCUGAAGGAGACGUUUCCUGUGUUUAACUUUGUCCUACCACCCAAGCGUUGGUUCAAGAACUUUAGCACAGAAUUCCUGGAGGAGAGACAACAAGGCCUACAAGACUUUCUACAGGAUCUGGUUGCCAAUAAAGAUGUUAAUAAUAGUAAAGCAUUCAGAGAGUUCUUAUGUCUGGAUGACCCACCCACUACUUCCUUUGACAGUCUUGAUGAGAAAAAGCAGGCCUUCUGUGGGACCCUGGAAGAAAACACCUGUUGCCUAGAGAGAAAAUUAAUGGACAACAAGAGUGAGACUGAGUCUCUGAGAAACAUCCUGGUGGACAAAGAGCUCCAAAUUAGCAAGCCUGAGAGAACAAAGAAUUCUGAAUUGCAGUUCAUGAGGAGUCAUGGAGCGUGCUGGUGUGGAUCAGCAACUGACAUCUUAUGUACAAACAUUCAGAGCAAAAGAUCUGGCGGUCCAUUCCAAGAACUUCAUCAACUAAAUUAAAACAAGAGGGGAAAACAGCAAAUUUUUAAACACUUUGAAUAAAUAAAUACAUACAAAAUAAAAAAAUUUGUAUAAAAUCGAAUUGAAAUGACAGAAAUGAUUAUGAAAAGUUAGAGAUGAAAACAAAAAGCAGAGCACUUUCUUCAAAAUGCCUUGUUUUAUUUUGUUCUUGCCUUCAAUACAAGCAGAAAGCCUGUUUAACCUUGCAAGAUUAACCAAAACCAAACAAUUUUUGGUGCCAAAAAAUUAUUUGUAGCACAUUAGAAUUUUAAUGACUUUCAACUGAAAGAUGUUAUGUAAAAUGUUUAAUAAAGUGAGUUCAUA